AAGAAAUGGUAAACAACCAUGCAGAAAUCAACAUUGAGUGAGGGUGAUGAUGAAAGAUUCUCUCCUGUUAAAUCGAAAGGUUCUCCAGCAUCAAUUCAGAAGUCCGCUACCUUAACAGGAAGUUGUAGAAAGGUGAAAGACACCGUGGCUGACCUUCAUAAUCUGUGUCAAAAGUGGUUAAAGUUCAACAAUGAGGGGUCAGCAGCUAUCAACGAGAUUGCAAACGUCAAGCUGCAGGCUAUAUUUAAAGAAGAAGAAUCUAAAAGAAAUGAGGAUGGAGAGGCUUUGACAAAAACAGAGAUGCCAGAAGUCUUGGAAGACCAUUGUACCAAAGUGUUAGGCAUUGUUGACAAAAUGAGAAAACUUGUUGAUAAGAUGGAAGCCAUGGCAGGAAUCUUACAUGGUGUUGCUGACUUAGAGCGACACAAAGUGCAGUGUACUUUGUCAGAUUCCGGUCCAAUCCUUUUCCAAACAUGGAAAGUUGAAGACUAUGGAGAGGCCACUUUGAAGAUGUUGGAAUCAUACAGAAAUGAAUUGAAAUUGAAGGAGCUGUUGUCUGAGAAUGUUUGUCAUGUAAAGGAUAGGGACACCAUGAUGUUUUAUACAGCGGCUUGGGUGCAUCAGCCUUAUAUAGACAAUAGCUGUACACUACUUCUAGAGAGUAUGCUGACCGAAACUGGACAUAGAUGAUACAUG